ACAAUGUUGGAUUUGUUUCUCUUGUUUAGGCAGAACACCCGCUGGGGAUCAUCCAACAGAGCUUUCACCCGCUGGCUCCCUGCUGACUACCAGGAUGGCAUCUCUAGACCAAGAGGUUGGACCCCAAAUGAAAAAGUCAACGGAUUUAUUCUUCCAUUGGUCCGCGAAGUAUCCAACCGUAUCCUGGCAGGUAGCAAUGACUUGGAGAGUGACCCCAACUUCACCCACCUGGUGACAAUCUUUGGCCAGUGGACUGACCAUGACCUGACCUUCACCCCUCACUCUCCCGUCAUCCGCUCGUUCAGUGACGGGAUUGACUGUGACGCCAGCUGUGCAAACACAGAGCCCUGCUUCCCCAUCCCA